CACAGGUGAGAGAAUCGCUUGCCAAGAUGGCGACAUUUCUGUUGUUUAGUUUGUCAUUGGGUUGCACAGUGUGUGCGUUUCUUUCUAUGUUUAUAUCAUUCACGUCCCCGUUCUGGUACAAGUCAUGGACCCGAGUGCACAGCCAGUUCUCAAACAUUGGACUGUGGCACAUCUGUCUGGCGGGAUACAUCAAACCACAAGACCCAACGCUCAAGUCGUAUGUGGGCUGUUGGUGGAUCCACUCAUCGGAAUUUGACUCCGUUAGGACGUUUAUCAUGCCGUCAUGGUUCAUGGGAAUCCAGGCUCUCUCCAUUUUCACGUUUCUGGCCACCCUGGCUGCCUUGAUCAUUCUCAUCCUGUACAUUCCAACGGUGACCUUCAACAGGGUCUUCAAAGGUCGUCAAGUGAAGAUGCAGUUUAUAUUGGCCAUCAUUCUCUUGGCAUCAGCUUUCUUGGUGUUCAUCAUCGCACUGGUGUUUGCCGAGAUGUGCAACGACCCCAACUGGAUGCCGCGGCCGUGGAUGAACUACCUGUCAUGGGGCUACGGGAUGUGCGUCCUGUCGGGAUUCUUCGCCGCGUUCGCGGGCAUGUUCGUCUUCCUACGAGGCCUCAUAUUAAAGGACAUCGAACUAGGAGGAAAGGACAUUGACGAGAAGAUAAAGCUUGAGAAACAUGUGGCCGAACGGGCAAGAGCUAAAGAGAUGGAGGCGAUGAGAGAGCAAGCCCCGUCAGAGGAUUACAGAUCAGGUAAAUUUGAGGAGAUGUCCAUGCAGAGAGACGCGUACGGUCCCCCUCCGACCGACCUGCGGCCGCCGUACAAACCAGAUGUGCACCAGGGACGCCAGUUUGACUACGUGCCUCAACAACGCGGCUACGUGUAUCCUCAACGCGACUACAUGCCUGCACCACGUGGCUUCCGCACGGGCAGUGAGACAUACAGCGGCUACCACAGCGGCAGUGAGAGUAGCGCCAUUCCCAGUGCGGCUCCCAGCACCAAGGCUGAGUCUGUCGUUUAGAAUCGUUGUUUAAUAUAUCGGUGAACACAUGAUCAGGGCCCGUGAUUAUACAAGUUUUAAGAGUCUAGGACUCGAUAUUUAAUAACAUUAUAUGCAUACAACUUGUAUGGCGUUGCCAUGAUGUUAGCCUUGAGAUUCUGUUAAGAGUCAUCAGCGUAUACUUUAAAAGUUUGGUAAGCACGGGGCUAGGGCCUGUGUGUGUAUACAACUUUCAAGAGUCGGAGGCGUAAUUCACUAAAUUCUCACAACUGUGUGCGAUCUCGCAGUGCAAUGCUAAAAGACUUGCAAAGAGGAUGCUUUGUUGUGUAGCAGAGCCUAAGAGACCUUUGUGAAUUAGGCCCCUGGACUCGAUAUUUAAUGACGUCAUAUGCAUACAACUCUGUAUGGCGUUGCCAUGAUGUUAGCCUCGAAUUCUGUUAAGAGUUAUCAGUCUGUACUUUAAAAGGCUAGACUCUUUAUCUCUAAUGACAUCACAUGCAACACCUGAUUGAAAAUUUUCUUCCAUUCCUGCAGACGGAAUCUCUGUGGUACGUGACAUGAUAGAUGUGAACAGACACACAUAUCAUAUUUUUAUACUGUAAAUCAUAAAAAUAUUAGCGUUCUUAAAAUUUAGCGAAAUCCAAAUAACACAGAACAUUUUGUUUAGUAUCUCGUUGCGAUUUGCUACGCAAGUGUCAGAAUAUGGAUUUAUGCACGUAAUAAAUUGCUUUUGUAUGUAGCGUUUGCAAGAUACCUGUAAUUUCCAAAUUGGAAAAAUAUACUCCUGCAACUAAUACCAGUUUUACAAUAUAUACAGCCAGGUGCAGAUCCGGGGGUGGGUGGGGGUAGGUCGAGGGGGUCCAGACCCGGCUUGUAAUGUAUGGAGUGCCUUCAGCAAUCUUAAAUAUUUUUCAUUUAAUUAGUUGCAUAUGACCCCCCCCCCCAAAUACCAAAAAUAUGUAUCCGUACCCGAUAGCUACUAAAUAUAGACUUCUGUUCAAUGAUAACCUGGUAUGUUCAGGAUGAUAUUUGAAAUAAUUUUACAUGGUUAACACCAAAACUUUACAUUUAUGUUACGAAUCGGCAGAAAAUUUUGCCAAAUUAUAUAUUAAACUUCUAAAUUUUAUAGAGACCCAGUUAUUUUGUAACAAAAUAUCAAGUAAUACUUAAAAUUCUUUCGCCAAAUUAAAACAAAAUACGCCAAUUGUUUUUAAAAUUUGCAAUUGGCGAAUUUGGCGAGUGCCAGAGCUAGCCCUUAUAAGCAGUAUAUGUCUCUGUAAUAUCAAUGUGUCCUCGUGCUUCUGUUUGACAGAGCAAGUUUGUAUAUAGUACCAUCAUUUUUGUACCAAAUCAUUUUUAUACAUAAUACUUUGAUUAAAUUUGUAUACUGUAUUAGUAUCAUAAGUGCUUUUGUUUUUACUAAUAGUAGUAAUGCCCACGACAGAACAUAAUGACACCAUCAUUUUGUCUUCAUAUUCCAGAUUUUAAAUGUUUUAUUGGCUAUUUUAUAUCCAAAUAAUGUCCCUACAAUAAUUGUGUGAUCGUUCCAUUAUGAAAAUGUGUAGAUGGAAGUAUUGCAAUUAUAUAAAAUUGUACAAUUUACAAAAGAUGAUGUGAAGUAAAAUUAUGGUGUAACAGCUAUCUUGCGAACACAAUUUUGUAAGAAUAAUUAGUAAAACUCUGUGAUGAUAACAUACCACAGCAAAACAAACAUACAAUAGCAUUUUGUAGCAGCUCUGCUGUUUGCCAUCACAAAUUUCGAGGUUUAGUAUAAAAAUGUAUAUACAUUUAGUGUUUUCCCUAGCUUGUUUUAGCAUGGUGCAGCACCAUGCCUCAAUAGUCUAGCACCAUCUUGCCUCAAUCAGCACCAUGCUGCCCUGAGAUUAAACAAACC